CAGAUAGAAGCACGAUGCAGCGAAGGUGACCAUGAGAUAUCUGCUAGUGCUAGUUAUCCUCGUGCUGGCCGCCAUUGGCAAUGCUGUAGUGCAGGAAGAAGAAGAGACCUGCUCAGGGGCAAAACCAUGUGCCCCGGGUGUGGUGCUGCCAGUAUGGCAACCUCAGGAUGAUCUGGGGCAGCGUACGAUCAUUUUCCGGGCUAUCAUCUACCUCAUCGCGCUUUUCUACAUGUUCUUUGGCGUUUCCAUCGUGGCCGAUCGGUUUAUGGCAGCCAUUGAAGUGAUCACAUCACAAGAGAGGGAAGUCAAAAUGAAAAAAAUCACAGGCGAACCCUACACAAUACUAAUUCGGGUAUGGAAUGAAACUGUCAGCAAUUUGACAUUGAUGGCAUUGGGAUCGUCAGCUCCUGAGAUUUUACUGUCUGUUAUUGAGAUAUUUGGCAACAACUUUGAAGCGGGUGAUUUGGGUCCGAGCACCAUUGUUGGAUCAGCAGCUUUCAAUUUAUUCAUCAUUAUAGCAGUCUGUAUUCAGGUGAUUCCAAGUACAGAAACUCGUCGAAUUCAACAUGUGCAUGUGUUUUGGGUAACAGUGAUCUGGUCGACGUUCGCCUACAUUUGGCUUUAUCUCAUUCUUUGUUUCUUUAGCCCAAACGUAGUAGACGUUUGGGAAGGUGUGCUCACAUUUAUGUUCUUCCCUUUGACAGUGCUCUCGGCUUAUGUGGCGGACACCUACACAGGAGUUUUCGGACAACGAUUUAGUAUUCUUGACAACCCCAUUCAAACAUUCUUCGCGCGAAGGCGAACACCAAGGCGAAGUCCUACAAAGGAAAAGACAACAGUCAGUGUGGAAAAUGGAAAAGAGGAUCAUAGGUUAUCGCUUAUCCAACCGAACACGGAUGCUGACGCACUUGCUUUCGAAGAGCAUCGGAAACAGUACUUGGAAAUUUUCAAGAACCUUCGCGCUCAGCACCCGGAUGCGCCAAUUGCAGAAUUGGAAAAGCUAGCAACCGAGAAGGUGGUUAGCCGACAAAAGAAGAGUCGCGCGUUCUACCGUAUUCAGGCUACUCGUCAACUCGUCGGUCAAGGCGAUAUCACAAAGAAGAAGUUGCGAAGGAAAGCCGAAGAAUUGGUAAAGCCUCUCGUACAGAAAAUUAACAUGGUGGUUGUUCAAUUCGAUCCAGCUCAUUACAUGUGUCUCGAAAACGUGGGCACCAUCAAAGUCCAAGUGCGAUGCGAUCGGGGUGCAGCCGAUCCUAACUGUACAGUCACCGUACACUACAGAACAGUAGCAGACACAGCUCAAGAACACUCAGAUUUCGUACCGGUAGAAGGAAUGCUGACAUUCAAACCAGGAGAAGAGCUACAAGAGAUAGAAAUCUCCAUUGUUGAUAAUGAUAUCUAUGAGGAUGAUGAGCAGUUCAUGGUUCGACUUUCACAGGUCCGCGCCCACUCACCUUCACAAUUUACACCAAUUCCCGUACGACUUGGAGCAGCAUCAACGGCUACAGUACUUAUUGUCGACGAUGACCAUGCUGGAGCUUUCGGUUUUACAUCGGAAAAGUUCAAAGUUGUGGAGAGUGCCGGAGAGUUUGUUGCUGAGGUUGUCCGAACCAGAGGAGCACGAGGUGAAGUCUCGAUUCCCUACAAAACCAUUGAUGGGCUAGCUAAAGCUGGAGACGAUUACGAGCACUGCGAAGGGACGCUACAAUUCUUGGAUGAACAAAUCAAAGCAGAGAUUCGAAUUCCUAUUGUAAAUGAUGAUGAGUACGAAAAGAACGAAGAUUUCUUCAUUCAGCUGGGUGAACCAGUUUGGCAUCGAGAAAUGACUGCCACGGAUGAAGGACACGAGGGUCGUCCAGUACUGUCGCUUAGCCGUUGCAAAGUUGUGAUCACGGAAGACAAGGAGUUCAAAAACUUCGUAGAUCGAAUGCUCACCAAUGCAAAUACAUCCAUCAUGGUCGGCACAAGCAGUUGGAAACAGCAAUUUAAUGAGGCCGUGACGAUUGAAGAAGACGAAGAUGGGAACAUCUCAACGAAGGAGAAGAUCAUGCAUUAUAUCUCGCUGCCAUGGAAGCUAUUGUUCGCACUGAUACCACCAACAGACUACUACAACGGCUGGUUAUGCUUUGUUGUUGCCAUCGUGAUGAUCGGGUUGCUUACGGCUGUGAUUGGCGACUUAGCCUCGCAUUUCGGCUGCACAGUUGGAAUGAAAGAUGCUGUAACGGCAAUUUCGCUUGUUGCUAUGGGUACCAGCGUGCCAGAUACAUUCGCUUCGAAAACGGCCGCAUUACAAGACAGCUGGGCGGACAGUUCUAUAGGAAAUGUGACGGGUUCAAAUGCCGUAAACGUAUUUUUGGGUAUCGGUAUCGCAUGGGCAAUUGCAGCAAUCGUUCACGCUUGGAAUGGAACGCAAUUCCAUGUUAAUUCCGGUUCGUUGGCUUUCUCCGUAACGAUGUUCAUCAUAGGAUCGAUAAUCUGUAUAACUGUUCUUCAACUGCGGAGAUACAGCAAAAAGAUCAAUGGUGAGCUAGGAGGUCCUGCACGAACCAAAUACAUCAGUGUAGCAAUCUUCAUACUCGUAUGGAUUGCAUAUCUGACGCUCAGCACCUUAGAAGCUUACUGUGUUAUCCCAGGAUUCUAAACUUAUUUAAGUCAAUCUAUUUUUUCCCAAAAACAUCCGCAUCUGCCGAGGAUGAACUCACAGAUCAUCUGCACAGAUUCCAAUUUUACUGAGCUUAUUUUAUGAAUGCAUAAUGAAUUUAUGAUUGGAAAAGAAAUAAAUAUAA